GUAUAAUGCACAGUGAAAUGCAUUGUGCACCUCUUCUUUGUCUAUGAGGGAAGGUCAACAGCUAACACAGGGAAAGGACUCAGUUAUGAGUCAGUUAUGGAGCUGCUCAAGCCCCAGUUGCUGGGCACAGGCUACAAGCUCUUCGUGGACAACUUCUACACCAGUACCACACUCUUUCAAGACCUGCUAAAGAUGAAGGUCUGGGCAUGCGGCACCAUUCGGACAAAUCGGAUCGGGUUUCCCAGAACCACAGAGAACAGCCUGGAUUCCAAGUCUCCCCGUGGCAGUGUGAGAUGGAUCAGCAAGGACUCCCUCCUCUAUGUUCAGUGGAGAGACACGAGGGACGUCUCCCUCUGCUCAACAUUCCACCCAGCACACACAGGGGAGACUGUCCGACGGCAGGUCCGGAGUGCAGAUGGGCAGUGGGAAGUCAAAGACAUCACCGUUCCGCCAGUGGUCAAAGACUACAACCAGCACAUGGGUGGAGUGGACCUGUCGGAUGCCCUCAUACAGUUCUACAAGGUCCUCCACAAAACCAGGAAGUGGUACAAGACAUUCUUUUAUCAUUUUCUGGACAUCGCCAUCGUAAAUGCCUUUCUCCUCCACAAGGAGCUCACCUUGGCUAAAGGACAGGUGCCGAUGAACCAGAAGGCAUUUAGGGAGACCCUUGCACAGGACCUGGCAAGGAUGGGUUCUCCCCCACAGACAUGCCAGUCCAAGGCCCUGCUCCUGCUCCUUCUACACAUCACAGGAUGAUGUACAUUAGUGGGGACAGCACUGCCGGCCGGCUAAAGUGCAGAAACUG